GAACGUAUUGCGUCAACCCUUCGUGAUUUCCAUGCAGCCAUAAUCUGUGCGUUGGAAAAAGAACAACAGCCUCAAGUUCUUGCUUUGAUUAUGAAGUUGGGCUGUGUUUUAGUGGUCAAUAGUCCUUACGACCGACUGGCAGCUGGCUACGUAGCGAAUUUGUACAAAACUGUGCUGAAACGAUGGCCUAGUGGAUCGACGACAAUCCGGACAUCAAUUCUCGCUGUUGUUUCUGCAAUUCUGGAAAAAGGCCCGGUCGAACAAGUUGCUCCGAUGUUAGGCUCGGUCCCUUUAGUUGACCUUUUACUGGAAUCCAUGACAACAAACCAGGAUGCUGAGUUGGUUGCCAUGACAUGGCAGACACUAGGCAUACUUGCUAAAUCUGACCUAGGAACAACGCGCAGCGACAAGUGGCAGGUUAUUCAGGAGCAGUUCGAAGAGGCACUCAAAAACCAGGAAACGACAAUCCGAGUUGCCGCAUUAAAGUUUGCUGAAUCUUAUGCAGCUUCCAUGAAACCUAACGAAAAGAUGGGACAAUACAAAACUUGGUGGAUCACCAUGCUUGAGAAACACAUUCAGUCCACGUGUAUGGACGCAGAUGCACCUGUGCGUAGCAUGACUUGCGACUGUCUUGCCAGUAUGUCCAAAAAUGUCUACGAACGCCUUCCACCACCAAACCAAACAUUGGCGAUUACCCUGCUACUGCCACUGGCAGCGGACCAAGAUACAAAUGUGCGUGCUGCUGCAUGUCGAGCACUGGGCGUAUUUGUAUUAUUUCCAACCUUACAUGAAGAUCCACUCUUUGUCUCUGAUAUGGCAUCAGCAGUAUUGGAACAAAUGGGUGACAAGGCCCUUCUGGUACGAGCCAGGGCGAGUUGGGCGCAAGGCAAUUUGUGUGACGCGUUGGUUAUGGAGAGUGAAAAACCAGAAUUUGAUAUACGCGAAUGGGUGUCGAUGCAAGUAUGGGCGGACAUCUUGACGACCGCAACGUCAGCUGCAUUGGAUAACGACAAGCUACGAUCGAAUGCAGUACGUUCCAUUGGCAGCCUUCUGCGUAUCACCCCGCAUGACUAUUUUGGGUUUGGACGAAACCUCCAGCUCGUGAAAAAGGCCAUGAGCGGGGUGACCAAGAACAUUGAAUCAGGGUCAUUGAAGACACGGUGGAACGCGUGCCAUGCAGCGAGCAACAUGCUCAAGAAUCCAGAGUUUCCUAUCGGUGACAGCGACCGGCAUCCGUGGACAGACGCCCUAUACCAUGCGUUGAUACAAUCGGUACGACAGUGUCGCAAUUACAAGGUCAGAAUUAACGCCUGUCUUGCCCUGGCAGCUCCUCAAGAAAGAUCAAAGUAUGGACAGCAGUUCGAUGCCGUCGUGCAAGCAGUCCUUGGGGCGUGGGAGGCGUGCCAUAAAGAAGAAGAGAAUGAGUUUCAAGAGUAUCGGUAUAAGGAGCAGCUCAAAGACCAGGUACGUGAGGCAUUACAUCACAUCCAAAAUCUACAGCAGCCGCCCUAAAAGAAAGCCCUCAAGGAUCUUCACGUGCGGUUGCACACACUGUCCUUUGAUUUUUCUGUGUGCCAAAAAAAUAAUAAAGAGCCGUUU